AUGAAGGCACUUCUAUUAACCUACAAAAUCAAAGAUACCGAGAGCAUCAAUUGGUCUAAGGCCUUAGCUUCGUAUCUCAAAAGAUCGUAUGGAUCUUCCACAUGGAGUCAGUUUUUCGACGUGAAGCAGGCCGAGAAUUUGGAUCGUUUGCGCAAUAAUGCUAAUGGGAGUCUGGCUCCUGAGGCACUUCUAGAACAAAACCUUCUUUACUACGCGUUUUUAGAGCAGCUGUACAUGAGGCUAGGUGCGAACUCUGGCCAAUUGAACAUCGAUUACACAUGGUACGAUGCGGCAUACACGUCGACAAGUGGGUCCCAAAAGUAUACGCAGAGGACGGUAGCUUUCGAAAAGUCAAGCGUACUUUACAACUUGGCUGUUGUCAUGACUUUAGCUGCGAAAGAACAACUAGAUAACGACAUAAAAAUCGCAAUUGGCUACAUGUCGCGAGCGUUUGCAUGUUUCGAAUAUCUAAGUGAAAAUUUCCUCAAUUCUCCUUCUGUGGAUUUGCAAGCAGAAGUUUCCAAGUUUCUAGCUAACGUUUGCCAUGCAGAAGCGCAAGAGCUUUUUUUAUUAAGAAUCAUCAAUGGCCCAGACACCGCUAAGCAUGCAUCGCUUAUUGCAAAACUGGCAUCAAUGGCUUCUUCAUUAUACGAGAAGGCCGUUAGCUUUUAUGAGACAGAUUCUAAAACAACGCCAUCUGAAGUUCCGUAUGGGGACAGCAAGUGGAAAAGCAUUCUUUCCUGUAAAGUAAGCUUUUACAAAAGCGUGUCAGCGUAUAAUUAUGGAAUUGCCCUCGAGCAACAAAACAAGUUUGGGGAGGCCAUAGCUUUCAUGCAGCUUGCCGAGAAUGCUAUUUUGUCCGCUCUGGUCCACAAACUAUACGUCAAAGAUACUAUGGAUCUCGAGUCAUUCAAAAACCUCGUUCAGGCCAAGCACAAGAGCCUGGUCAAAGACAAUGAUUUUAUUUACCACGAUACUAUACCUUCUGACGCAUCCAUGGAAAAUAUAAAAGGUAUGGAUGCCGUAAAGCCACCGCCAUUGGCCAAACAAUUAGAGUCCUACAUGGAUAAAGUAGCAGAGUCCUCUGACAUACUGUUCAAAGGAAUAGUACCACUCGAAGUCUAUGAGAAGGAGAGCAUUUAUUCAGAACUGAAAGCGGACCUCUUGAGGAGGGAACUGGAAGUUGCCGACACGGCUGAUUGGGAAUAUUCGUCGUUUGUUGAAUUUACAACACUGCCAAAAAUUGUAAAGGACCUGGAAAGCAGAUAUACAAACAGCACAAACUCAAGCAGAACAGAUAAUUCUCAAUCGGCUAUCAUGAAAGAGAAACUAGAUUCCUGGUCUAAAUCGGUGUUGAGAUCUCCAUACAAUAAUGUUGAGCUUCAGAUGCAAUCUAUCGUUGCGCUUAGAAAGCAGAUCUUGGGACUUUUGGGUUCAAUUCCAGACGAGCAACAGGAAAACGCUGUAAAGCUAAAAUCAUCUCUCUUGGCCGCAUCCAAAUCGGACGACAAGCUCUUUUCCUUUGUCCAAUCGAACUUAAAAGAGAUUCAAUUACUCAAGAACCCUGCUGCUUUGCAACAUCAGUGGAGUGCAUUGGAUUCCUCGCAACACGAACAGCCUGAUUUGCUGGACAUCGACGACAACAAGAAUGAAGAAAUAAGGCAGAAAAUUAAGAACGUGGGAGGUCAGAAUGAUGAUUUAAAGGUUCUCAAGGAUGAGCGAUCUAGCAUAGUGCAAGACCUCAAAAAAGCAGUUAAUGACGAUGAUAUAACAAGGGUCGUUCUUAUGAACCGCGAUAUGACAGAUAACGAAUUACGAGAACUAUUCGGUAAAGAACUCGAUAAGUUCAAGCCACUCAGUACCCGGAUAGAGGCAACAAUUUUCAAACAGCGCAAUCUUAUAAACACCAUAAAGAUCAGCUUGGAUGAAAUUUUCAAGCUCACUGGGUUAGAUGAUGAUAUGUCUAAGAAGGACCCUAAUCUGGCAAAGAGAAAUGACUUUUACAACAGACUAAGCCAAGCCUUCACAAACUUUUCUGUUUUCUCUAACGAUCUGCCGAAGGGGCUCAAGUUUUAUGAGUCUCUACUCAAAAUGGCUCAAAAUCUCCCAUCUGUUGAUCCUAAUAGAAAAGCGGCGACAACAGGGGUCGCUCCGGAAUUGCCAGAUCAGCUAAAUCAAAGCUUUCAGCGGCUAAACAUCGGGGCGAAUACCGAUAGAAAGGAAAGCAACCACACUGCAAAUCCACCUCUUGUGCCCCCACGAACAUACGGGGUUCCUGACCAGUAUCCGAUUUCCCCAUCUAUUCCGCCCAAACAGCCACCAUCAGGUAUCAGCGGUUUGCAAAACUUUGGAACACCAUCUAAUAAAACCGACCAGGAUCCAACGUCGUUUUAUGAUAACCCAUCGGUAUUUGACGAGAGCCUCUAUUCACGUUUCGGCGGGUGA